AUGAUCUCUUCCACCAAGAAAUUCGUCGUUGUUGCCCUACUCGCUAGUGUAUCGGUUGUUUCCGCCUUCACAACACCAAUGAAAUUAAGACCAAGUUACGCGCCAAUGCGUACCAUUGGGGCCAGUACUGCUGCUAAUGGAGAUAAUGCCGCUUCUGAUAGAUUCCUAGAACAAUUGGAGAAGAAAGAGGCUAAAAUCGACCAACAACGAAUGGCAGCCAUGCAAACACUGUCUAAAUUGGAGUUGUCGCUUGAUGCCAUCAAGUCCAAGAAGAAGGAAUACCUAAACGGCCAAGAAAUCGCCGAGUUCUCACCCCCAGAUUCCUUCUCUGAAACCACUGCGAGAUCAGCUGUCAAGGCCUUCAUGUGGCGCGUUAUUGCCGGAAGUGUGACAUUCAUUACUUCUCUUCGUUUCUCUGGUUCCAUUGCCACUGCACUUUCAAUUGUCGGAUCUGACUUUUUUAGCAAGUCCUUUACCAUGUUCAUUGGAGAACGUCUAAUGAACAAGAGUCAAGCAGGAAGAAAAGCAGGAGGUGAUUCUGCAGGCCGAUCUUUGGCCAAGGCCUUGAUCUGGAGAUUGUUUGCAAUUUGCAACACUUUGACCAUGGCCAUUUUCAUCGCCAAAGACCUUUCGAUCGCGUCAAAGAUUGCCGGAUCUGACGCUAUCUUCAAGACUGGUCUUAUGUUUUUCUAUGAACGUGUCUGGGCCAAGGUUGAAUGGGGUAAGGAGUACGAUGUGGAGUUCACCAUUUAA